AUGUCUACUGGUGCCGCAGAGAGUACUACAGUGCAUCGGGCUCUCGUUCGCGUGUGGUCUGGAUCCAUAGAGGUAGGGUCUAAGUUGACACUAGCAUCCACGACCACUGGAUGCGCUGCAAGUGUGCGGGUGGUCGCGGUCGGGCGCGAAGCUGUUGUCUGCGCUGGUGCGACCCCUUGUGCCACCAGCACAGCGACUAGAAGCGACGAAUUGGUGAGGCCCACUGUUGGUUUCCACACCGUUGUCAUAGACCAAACUGGUGCGCUGGUGGACGGAAAUAAUUUUCAUUUGCGUCUUGGGGACGUGCUACUUGCAGCUGCAUCUGGCACCCGGGAGUGUAGCGCCCCCACCUCUUCUUUCACCAAUUUUCUGGCAACGGCCCAACAGAAUCCCAAUCGCCCCUACGAACCGAGGCUCGUCAUGGAUGCCAGCCGCGCGGAGCGGGCACCAUUCUUUGAGAAACUACCUGCCAGCGAGCUAACUUGCUGUAUUGACGCGCAGUGCGUUCCAUGCUUGCCCAGGACCAUCGCCAGGCUGAUUGGGAAGGGGAGACUUGGUGAGAAGUGGGAAGCAGAAGAUGGGUGCCAGCACGACUGGUGGUCGCCGGGUAAUUGGAAGCCGCUUGGGAGCAUGUUGGGAAGCGAAAUUGCGUCCGUCGUGUUUGACCUCGACGAUCACAAUUUCGAAUAUCUGUUCCGAACGAGCUGGAAAACGAGCCAGCAUUUCGCGCGAGUGGUGGUCUUCAACAGAGCGACUAGAGAACUUGUGGCGUUUGGGAAGGUGAUGGAAGCGUAACGUGGAUAGCGUAACGUUUUGGAGGAAGACGAGAUGAGGCUAAAUACUAGGAUUAGGAAUGAAGCAUCAAUAUCAAAAAACUAAGAAGGAGGUAGGGAGAAUCGGACUAUUUCACAGCUGACUUUUUUUGCUUGAGCUUGAGGAAUAGACCUAGAUUGUUUACUUACUUUCUCAUGUUGAUUCUCUAGAAAAAAUUCCAGGUAUUUAACUUGCAGUCAGAGUAGUUUUCUAGUCGCGCUUGCAGGGCUAGCCUCUACUAGUACGGUUGCAAGAGCGGCAGCAACACGGAUAAAUGCAUGUAAUCAAUAAAAUGAAGAAGAAUAAGUCACACUUUGUGUGGCGCUGACAAUGGUUUGACCCACUGAAUAAAACAGAAAUGAGCAAGAACAACUGUUGCACGAUUUCAGAGCACGAGAUCGCAUCACGCGGUGCAGCACACACGACGAUGCCUCCAAUCAAAGCGCUGAAUAAUGAGAAUAUGCCUCUCUUCAUUGAUGUCGUUUUCUUGCAAAAAUACGCAUAAAAAAGAAAACCAAUUAUUCGCAGAC